CAGGCCCUUGCAAGUUGCCACCCACUGCCCGGGCUUCGCCCAGCGAUGCAGAAAGCCACCUACUACGACAACGCCGCGGCUGCGCUCUUCGGAGGCUACUCCUCGUAUCCCGGCAGCAAUGGCUUCGGCUACGACGGCCCUCCCCAGCCCCCCUUUCAGGCCGCCACGCACCUGGAGGGUGACUACCAGCGCUCAGCGUGCUCGCUGCAGUCCCUGGGCAAUGCUGCCUCUCAUGCCAAGAGCAAGGAGCUCAACGGCAGCUGCAUGAGGCCCGGCCUGGCCCCCGAGCCCCUGCCCGCGCCACCGGGCUCACCCCCGCCCAGUGCCGCACCUACCAGUACCACUAGCAACAGCAAUAAUGGGGGCGGGCCCAGCAAAAGCGGCCCCCCCAAGUGCGGUCCCGGGUCCAACUCCACCCUCAGCAAACAGAUAUUCCCCUGGAUGAAAGAGUCGAGGCAAACGUCCAAGCUGAAAAACAGCUCCCCCGGCACAGCAGAGGGCUGCGGCGGCGGCGGCGGUGGCAGUGGCGGCGGCGGCGGGGGUGGCGGCGGCGGCGGCGGGGGAGGGGACAAGAGCCCCCCGGGGUCGGCGGCGUCCAAGCGGGCGCGGACGGCGUACACGAGCGCGCAGCUGGUGGAGCUGGAAAAGGAGUUCCACUUCAACCGCUACCUGUGCCGGCCACGCCGCGUGGAGAUGGCCAACCUGCUGAACCUCAGCGAGCGGCAGAUCAAGAUCUGGUUCCAGAACCGGCGCAUGAAGUACAAGAAGGACCAGAAGGCCAAGGGGCUGGCCUCGUCGUCCGGGGGCCCCUCUCCUGCCGGCAGCCCCCCGCAGCCCAUGCAGUCCACGGCCGGCUUCAUGAACGCCUUACAUUCCAUGACCCCCAGCUACGAGAGUCCAUCCCCGCACUUCGGCAAAGCCCACCAGAAUGCCUACGCGCUGCCCUCCAACUACCAGCCCCCUCUCAAGGGCUGCGGUGCCCCGCAAAAGUAUCCCCCAACACCCGCGCCGGAUUACGAGCCCCACGUCCUCCAAGCCAACGGGGGCGCCUACGGGACGCCCACCAUGCAGGGCAGCCCUGUGUACGUGGGCGGGGGCGGCUAUGCGGAUCCGCUGCCGCCCCCUGCCGGCCCCUCCCUCUACGGCCUCAACCACCUUUCCCACCACCCCUCUGGGAACCUGGACUACAACGGGGCGCCCCCUAUGCCCCCCAACCAGCAUCACGGACCUUGCGACCCCCACCCCACCUACACAGACCUCUCCUCGCACCAUGCGCCUCCUCCUCAGGGUAGAAUCCAAGAAGCGCCCAAAUUAACACACCUGUGA